CCGUAAUGGCGCCCAUUUCAUCAACGACAUCCCUUCUAACCUCCCCAAGUGGAGUGAUAAAUUUAUUUUUGUUCGACCUGACGCCCCUUUCCCAUUGCCUUCCAUUCCUUGGGUCAAGGAAGUCUCGCGAGAGGCGGCCUCGGCCCCUCCUUCGAACCAUCUCUUCGACCAAUGGAUUCACACUUGGAAUGCCAAGUCCGUUGAGUCUGAAAAACUCCUUGGUGAUAAAAAUCUUCUCCAUUUUUGCGGUCUGCUUACCCAUAAAACUCUCUCUCCUCCUACUGAAGAGAUUCUCAAUCUUGUUCCUAUCCUUCUAUCAUGCAGAUAUCAGAUGUCAUGACCGGGAGAUCACUCUCUAUCUUCCGGGAGACGAAUCGAUCACUUUCUUUGGCUCCAGGAAUCGUUCAUUGCCUCAUGUUGUUUCGAUGGCGAAAGCCACUAAGCUACUGCGACGAGGCAACUGCCAGGGUUAUCUGGUGAGCCUUGUCGACGAUUCUCAGAAAGCGCGAUCACCUCAUGAUGUUCCAAUUGUUCGCGAGUUUGUGGACGUGUUCCCAGACGAGCUUCAAGGAGGACCACCUAACCGGCAGGUGGAGUUCUCUAUCGAUCUUAUUCCAGGGGCCGGUCCAGUAUUCAAAGCCCCGUAUCGUAUGGCGCCUAAGGAAAUGCAGGAGCUUAAGACUCAAAUUCAGGAGUUGUUACGACUCGGUUUCAUCCGACCGAGCGUGUCACCGUGGGGAGCACCCGUUCUCUUUGUUAAGAAGAAGGACGGAUCCAUGCGCAUGUGUAUCGACUACCGGGAUCUUAACCGGUUGACGAUCAAGAACAAGUAUCCGCUUCCCAGGAUCGACGAUUUAUUUGAUCAGUUGAGGGGAGCCUGU